AUGAGCAACAGCUACAAUCAAUCAUACGGCCAGAAUUACGGCCAAGACCAGUCGCAGGGUGCAUACAACCAGCCUAUGUAUGGUCAGUCGACUGGCGCAUCAGCCAACGACUACUACAAUCAACCAGCGCAACAGCUGCCUACAUCGCAGCAGCCCUAUAACGCUGGGUAUGAUCCACAAGGGGCUGCAGGUCCCGUCGGCGCAGACGGUGAACGUGGUUUGGGCACCAACUUGCUUGGCGCAGCGGCAGGCGGCUUGCUAGGCCACAAACUUGGCGGACACGGUAUGCUAGGCGCGCUUGCAGGCGGCAUUGGCGCGCACUUCUUGGGCAAGCAGUCGCACAAGACAAGUCAUGGUGGUCAUCCAGGCUAUGGUCAGUCAGGCUAUGGUCAUCAGCAGCAGAGUGGUCUUGGUGGCAUGCUCAACCAGUUCACGGGCAAGCGUGACCUGGACAGCAGCAGUGGCGGUGGUGUACAGCAGCAGCAGAACGACAACUAUGGCGGAUACGGCUCGCAGCCUGCAGGCAAUUAUGGAGGCUAUGGAUCGCAGCCUCAGCCAGACUAUGGCCAGCAGCCGUAUGGACAGCAGCCGCAGCCUCAGAACCCAAAUCAGACAUAUGGGUCAGGCUACGGCCAGUGA